AGGAUUAAUUUCAUUGGAGGGUAUCACUGUGUGUGAAGAGAGAGAAAGUAAGAGAGAGAAAGAGAGAGAGAGAGAGAGAACGAAGAGCACAGCACUACGCAGCUCCGAAAUAGAAGGGGGCGAAAAUUUGUAUGCGUUGGAUUUCGUAGAUCUGAUUUUGUGCUUGGUGCUGGGAAAUCGGACAUUUCUAUGAGUUGGUCUGAAAGGUGUGAAAAUUUCAGCUUUUUGGUCAUCGUAGAGUUGCUGGGUUCUUCUUCAUAUAAAUGACAAAUGUAUCAUUCAAAGAAUGUUGUUCCUAGUGCAAGUUUAAUUGGAGGUAAUUCAUUAGUUCAUGGUCAGCACAUAGAUUGUGGUGGAAGCACAAUGGAUCCUGGCAGUGGAGGAAACAGUCUUAGCAACAACUCUAAUCUCACCUCAAAACAACGUUUACGGUGGACGCAUGAAUUACAUGAGCGCUUUGUUGAUGCUGUGGCUCAACUUGGUGGGCCAGAUCGUGCCACACCCAAAGGUGUCCUCAGAGUUAUGGGCGUACAAGGCUUGACCAUUUACCAUGUCAAAAGCCAUUUACAGAAAUACCGACUAGCAAAAUAUUUACCCGACUCCUCAUCUGAUGAAGGGAAAAAGACCGACAAGAAAGAAACAGGGGAUAUGCUUUCCAAUCUUGAUGCUUCAGGUGGGAUGCAGAUUACUGAAGCACUAAAGCUUCAAAUGGAGGUUCAGAAGCGACUACAUGAACAAUUGGAGGUGCAAAGACAGCUACAAUUGCGGAUAGAAGCGCAGGGUAAAUACCUGAAAAAGAUAAUUGAAGAGCAACAGCGGCUCAGUGGUGUUCUCUCAGAUGCACCUGGCUCUGGGGUUACAGCCUUUGUUCCAGGGGAUGCAUGCCAAGAACCUGAUGAUAAGACCGACCCAUCAACCCCCGACCCUGAAAAGGCUGCCAAAGACCGUGCCCCGGCCAAGAGUCUUUCGAUCGAAUCUUUUUCAUCACACCAUGAACCAAUGACCCCAGAUUCUGGUUGCCAUGUUGGUUCCCCUGUUGACAGCCCUAAAGGGGAGAGAUCGGCCAAGAAGCUACGAGUUGGCAUCGAGGGAGCGUAUUCUAAACCAGAUAUGGUGCUUCCACAUCAGAUACUGGAGUCAAGCUUGUCAUCAUAUCCGCAACCUAACACUGUAUUCCUUGGCCAAGAGCAAUUUGAUCCUUCUUUGGGUAUAUCUACCAGAAGUGGUGAGGAAAUGGAGAAGGUCGGUGGCAGUAAUCUGUGAUUUGCUGUAAUAUGUAGGUUGUGUUCUAGGACUCAUUCUAUCUUCUUUCUAAGCUUAGUUUCUGUGUUAUAUGUAUUCCUUAAUAGAUGAAGGAACCUGGUCUUCAUAGAUUCCACAAGAUUCUUACUUUUCAGUUCAAAUGUUCAAUACUUGACUAAACAUCCAGCCUUUAAUUGUUUUUAGAGAACUAAGUUGAAUUGGGUUAAUAGAAAGAAUCUUGUCUUCUGCUCCAUAAACC